GUUCACUUCUCUCUCUCUCUAAAUAGCCCGUCUCGUCUCGUUUUCCUUCCCCGUGCCGCACGAAAGCGCACCACGCCCGGCCAGGACAGCCUUAGCUCCCGUUCCUCCCUCGUCCACUCAUCACACUCUCGAUCCAAGUCUCGUUCCAUUCGCUCCCGGGGCGGCCGGCCAGUGAGCAGUGAGCCUUGUUCCAGUCUCCACCCAUGGCGUCGCCACCUCCCCACGAGGACGCCGGCGCGGUCUGCUGCAUGUGCGGCGACCGCGGCCUGCCGCACGAGCUGUUCCGCUGCAGGUCCUGCCGCGUCCGCCUCCAGCACAGAUACUGCAGCGAUCUCUACCCGAGGGCGACGGCGUACAGGAGGUGCAACUGGUGCCUGAGGGAGCCGGCCGAAGGCCGAGGAGCAGGCAACGCGGCGGCUAACAACAAACCGGUGGAGAAACGGAAGACGGCGGUGCCGUGGGAGGUGAUGACGCCGGCCAGCUCCGUCAACGAGGGGUGCUCGAAGAGGGGGGCUGCGGAGCUCGGCCUCGGCCAGCCAGUGAAGAAGAAUCCCAAGGCCGAGGAGGGCGCGAGGAAGGGGAGUGAUGAUGGAUCAGAUGCCAACAACAGCAAGGAGCCGAUGCGGGCGGGGAAGACGCGGGUGAGGGUCAAGGUGCGACGGUACAAGCUCCUGGCAGAGGUCAUUAGCUGCUAGUAGCUAAAUUAGCUAACGAAAAAGCUGCGCAAAUUAAUAUUUAGAUGAAUUCGAACUAGAAUGGAUGUAUCGAUGAAUCAGUAAUAUGGGCGGUGCUAUUGUCGGUGCAUGAAAAUUUGGGGCUUUUCAGACAAAGGACAACUGUUGGAUUUGAAUCUUGCGCUCCUCUCUUCCUCACG